AUGGCAGUCAAAGCAGAUCUUUAUAGUUACAUCAAGCCCUCGGCUGUGCCGUUCUACCAAACUCCUUCGUUUGUUCUGGGAGCUAUUGUUGUGGCCUAUCUUGUAUUCAAGAUACUCAGAAGUGGCCGACGUGAUCCUCGCAUGCCUCCUGGACCUCCUACCAUCCCGAUAUUUGGUAACGCACUCCAGAUUCCAACCACGGGAAUAGGCAGAAAAUAUCGCGAAUGGGCCGAUCAGUACGGUCCAGUCUUCUCUCUCAAAGUCGGACCUACCAACAUGGUUGUUUGCUGCGACAAGAAGUCCGUCAAUGCCAUGAUGGACAAGAAAGGCAAGACCUUCUCCGACAGACCCUUCAACUACGUGACGAAUUAUAUCACCCAUGGUGAUCAUGUGCAGCUCGAAAGUGUUUCUCCUUCAUGGAGAGAGAAGCGCGCGGUGGUCACGAGAAACCUUGCUCCGGCGUUGUUGGAUGAGAAACACUGGAAGGUCCAGGAAGCAGAAGCUGCUAUCUUCUUGAACAACAUCCUAAAAUAUCCGGAUCACAUAAUGGACUAUGCGAAGCUGUAUACGACGUCCGUUGCCUGCACUCUUAUCUGGGGUCAACGUAUCACCGAUCUCAACUCUUUCUGGUUCAAGGAUUUCAAUGAUCUAAUGGAUGUUUGGAUCGAAGCGGAAGAGCCGGGAGCUAAUCCACCUAUCGAUGAAUUUCCAAUUUUGAAGUAUUUCCCUGGCAAAUGGAAGAAGCGUGCCGACAAAUGUCGCGAUAUGAUGGAUGACAUGUGGGACAAGGCAAGAGCCAUUAUCGACGAGCGCAGAGCCAAAGGGAUCCGAAGAGACUGCUUCAUUGAUACCAAGCUUGACGAGUAUGCUCAAAAGGGAUGGCCUAUGUCUCAGCAUGCGUUCAACAAUCUCUUCGGCGAACUUCUGGAGGCUGGAGCAGAUACGACCGCCAAUCAAAUUUUGACCCUCAUCCUGGCGCUCGCAAAAUAUCCCGAGAUUCAGAAGCGAGCAAGAAAGGAGAUUGAUGCAAUUUGCGAUGCAAGCCAGAGCCCACAGUUUGCCGUUCAUUUCGACCAGAUGCCCUACAUUAACUGCAUUGUGAAAGAAGGAAUGAGAUGGCGUCCUACUGCCUCCGGGGGAUUGCCGCAUCUUUGCACUGAAGACUAUUGGUAUGAUGGCAUGUUGAUCCCUAAGGGAACAAUUUGCUUCGUCGGUGUAUGGGCUAUUCAUCAUGACGAGAAGCUGUAUCCUGACCAUGAUAAAUUCAACCCCGACCGAUAUCUGGAUCAUCCAAAGCUUGCCAGUGACUAUGCCGCUUCGCCCGAUUACAACAACAGAGAUCACUAUGGGUACGGUGCUGGACGUCGGAUCUGUCCGGGAAUGCACUUGGCCGAGCGCAAUAUGUGGCGUAUAGUUGCCAAACUAUUGUGGGCCUUUGAGCUUUCUGAACCCGUGGAUCCUGUUUCUGGUAAUGUGAUCCCUCUGGAUGUCGAGGCUUAUAACUCUGCAAUUUUACUUCGUCCUCUUCCUUACAAAGUCACUGUCAAGCCGCGAAGCCCCGAGCACCUCAAGACUGUCCAGGGAGAAUUGGCGGGUGCUAUGAAGUUUAUGUCUAAAUGGGAGUAG